CAGACAGUCUUCACUCGAGCUCGACAUAACAGUUUAUCAAAUAAAUAAAUCCAAAUUUACAUUAACAUAACUUUUAUUGCCGGUGCACUUAAAAUGGAAGUGAGUGAGGUUGCAAGAUUUGAAGAAGUAGAGGAGUGUGAUUGGUAUGAUAGAAUGACGAAAAUAUUAGAUGAUCAACCGCAUCCAACUGAAGUAAUUGGUGUAGUGGAAUUGACAGAAGAAAUGAUGGCAGAGGUAGUGGAGACACUAAUUAGAGAUCCACUAUUUCCUGGGUGCGACAAGCAACUAUUGGCCAAAACAAGCUGCGAAAGUCUGCUGAACGAAAUGGCAUGGAUAAAUGCUUGUCUCCAAGGCAGAAAAUGCCUUGUCAGCAAAUCCAUGGAGAAUGUGUGGGAAUUAUACCACAAGCAUUUGAUUGAAAACAUCAGAGCAACUAAAUUACCGAGCCAGCUUUUUGCAACAUUUUCACGAAGAGCUAUGCAAAGACUAGUUGCAUCCAACCAAGAGGUGCGGCGGACCCCAACAUCCUCCAGGCCACUAGCUAUCACUGAGGAGGAAGGCGAGAUUGUUGCCUACAUAGCUGGUUUUGUUCUACACCGUUUGAAACAAAAAGCUUUUCGUUUGAGCGACAGCAAGGAAAAGACAAUCAAACUUGAUGUAAUUAACAAGUUGAUAAGAGACGAAGCUGUGGCAAUAACCUCAAGGCUAAUUUUAGCCAAGCAACGUGGUGGCCUUCUGUCUGCUGUGCCACAACUUACCCCUCUUUUCAUGAAAUGUGAAAUCAUGAUAAGGAAUAACACAUCAGAUGAUUUUGUCCAACAUGUAGAUGUUCAAUCGAUGGUGGAUCAGGCAUGUUCUGAUGAGGCUAUGACAGCGAUUUUUUUUUCAGUAGCAUGUAAAUCUAUAGCCGACUAUGAUGCCCAGGAAGUUAUAUAUGUGGAAAUUGUAGCAACAUACAUUAUAACACGGGUCAAUGGGUUUUGUCGCCAAACCAUGGAGCGAUACAGAAUGAGACAAAAUGUCAAAAGGAGAAGUAAUUCAUUGCGCAAGUCUCUCGAAGUAUCAUCUGGAAGUGUGUCACAUCCUUUUUAAUCACUAGGUGUGGCUCGAGAUCCCUUGCAACAUUCUGAGUGGAUGACCAUUUUAGUGUCGUGUAAUCUUUGGCAUUUUCGCCUCAGAGAUUGACACUGGAACAUGAGCUCGCUUGCCACUCACAUUACCCCGUGGCCUCAAUUCCUGCCGCAGUUGUCCUUGAAUGUGUAGGCUUCGUUCU